GUACACACCAUGAUUACAUUGUCAAUUCUAAUGUUCGAGUUUCCGAAAGCCGUGGGGUUUUUUUGCCAAUUAUUUUCUGUUAGUGAUGUUGAAUUUUCCGCCAGUGACCGGCAUGACCGACAUGCUGCAAAAACUCGUAAUACAAAUUAUCAUCGAAAAGGUCAUAAGUUUCAAAGCUGUGUAUCUUAGAAGCUACGCUUUCCCCGCCUAAGUUUCACUGAUACUUCGUUAUCAUCAAGAAUAUUUUUUUUUUCAGCAUUUUAAGAGCUUAUUUUGAGUAAGCUAAUAACAUUUGUCUUCAAUUUUAAAUCCCUAUCUGCGGCUAAAGACGUCUUCACUCAACCAGAGUUGUUGGUUUAUAAAAAUGCGAGUUCAGGCUUAAAGUUCUUGGUAAAUAUUAUCGACGAAGUGUAAGGGCUUGUAGAGGAAGGCGAGUUGACUGAUCAACUGCAAAAGCUUAAGGCACCAGUUAAUUUAAUUUCAAUUAUUGUUGUUUCGCUCCAGCUGCUUUUCAAGUAUCAUGAUCUUUACGUUAUCCGGAUUUCCGCUCCGUUGUUACAUGUUACGCGAAUCAGUCAACUAAAUAUAUCCAAAAGAUAAACUUUAGAUCUACUUUAUUUUGAAAGCCUGAAAAUAUGAGAGAAGUUAGAAAUAAUUUAAAUAUGGUAAGUGUAUGAAGAUAGAGGUUACAUGUCGCGUGGUGUGACACUUAAGAUCCACACAAUGAUUUGAAACGACAGAUUGUAUGAUGCAUACUUCAUACUUUAUUAAGUUUUUACGUUUAUUCUUACCUUCAUGUCAUAUGAUCUUAUCAAUAAAUUGUUAUAUUAACGUUAGUAACGAUAGAAAUCUCAUUAUUGGUUUAGUUAGGUGAAAGAAAGCACUCAAAGAUUAUUGCGAAAGAGAGACCAUUUGGACCCGUGCAUGAGUUAUUCCUGCAAGGCAGAUAACACGUUCCGACGACACGAGAAAUUGACAGCACGUGGACACACAAAAACAUGUCACAAGUACCAGAGACUACGCCUGUAGCAAAGGUCGUCACGCGAGAACUAAAUUGGUCGACGAUAACGCAUAGAAGUAAACUAAACCAAUUAGGUGGAGUGUUUGUGAACGGCAAGCCACUUCCAAACUCUGUUCGCCAACGAAUUAUCGAGAUGGCUGAGCUCGGCAUUCGCCCAUGCGAUAUCAGUCGCCAACUGAAAGUUUCACAUGGCUGCAUCAGCAAGCUACUUGCUAAGUACAACGAUACUGGGUCAUUUGAGCCCGGGCGCGCUAAAAGAAAGACAUCGAGAGAUGUGAGCACCGAAGUGAGGAACAAAAUUGAAGAAUAUCGCCGCGCAGCGCCAGGAAUCUUCUCUUGGGAAGUUAAAGAAAAGUUGGUAGCCGAUGGUUUGUGUACGAAAGAAACUUUGCCGCCUCUUACCGUGAUUAGCAGGUUGCUACGACGCGUGAGAUCCACGGGCAGUGACACUGAGAUAUCACCUGUUGCUGCCAAGGAUGUGGAAAUGGACUGCUCCAAAGAAAACGAGCACCGGAAGAACUUUACUGUUUUUUCAAUAGACAAUAUCCUCAUGGAAAAAGAGAAAUGGGAAACACACGAAGAAAAGGUAGACACUGGAGAGAUGAUUACUACCAAAGUGAUUGAACUUGGAUGCACUGUCACCGAUUCGGUUCUAAAUGACUUACCAAGUCCAGCAAGCAAUAACUGCAACAACAACGGCCAUAAUGCAGUAAGGUUGUAUCAGCGGAGAAACAGAACCAAGUUUACGUCUGACCAAAUUGAAGAGCUCACAAAAGCUUUUGAGAAAACUCGCUAUCCAGAUGCUCUAACACGAGAGGAACUUGCCGAGAGACUUCGUAUAAGUGAAUCCAAGAUUCAGGUUUGGUUUUCGAACCAUCGCUCCAAAUCUAAAAUAAAAAAAUCUCAUAGGGCAGAAGUUGAGAUGGACGUAAAUGCAGUACCAACGACCAAGACGGGUAUUUUCUAUCCAUCAUAUCCUAUGGUACCUGUGAUACGUUACGGGCCGUAUAUUCAGGCGACUCGUGUUUGUCCCUACAUUUGUUACAAGCCACUUCAAAUGGCUUCGCGCUAGCUAAAAAUUUUAAUGUUUAUUUUUGUAAUUUUUUCAUCGAACUUACCAUAUUGCAUGGAACAAUACUGGUCGGAACUCGUAUCAUUUAUUUGACAGUUUGUCACCUCAUACAGAGUCCGUUCGUCGGAUGAAUUUUGUUAACCUGUAUUAAACAGAAUUCACACUUGCUUUAAGUUUGCACUUUUCACUUCAUAGUUGUAUACCUUAUCUACCUAAUGUCUUUUUGAAAAUAAUAAACUUUUCAACGUUUGAUCUCAAAUUUUACAGUACCAAAUUGUCAAUAAAGUUCACGGUUUA